CAAUUGUCUAUUAGUCUUUUUUUUAGGGAAAAUUCAAGUAAAAAUUGGUGUAUUAAAAUUUUGGUAUAGUUUUUUUCAAGCACUUUUAGAAAAAAAGGAAAAACUUUGCUUUUUCUAAAAAGAAAAGCUUAAGAAAAAGCAAUGGCUGAAAUUAAAACAGAAAAAGAUAUUAAUAAAACUAAACAGACGACAAACAACACAAAUGCCGGUGUUCAAAACUUAAGUCCAUUUGUGUAUUGGGCUCAAACGGAUAAACUAAUUACUUUAAAAGUUGAUCUUAAGGAUGCCAAGAAUCCGGAGGUAGAGUUUACUACAAAGACAGUGAAAUUUAAGGCCAAAGGUUUGGGUGCUAGGGGCAUAAAUGAUUACAAAUUUGAAAUACAUUUUUAUGGUUUCAUAGAUGAUGAGGAAUCGACCUUUAAAGUGAAUGACCACAAAGUGGAGUUUAAUAUUAAGAAAUUGACAGACGGUUGGUGGCCACGUCUAGUGGCUACUCCUCAAAAACCCCAAUGGCUAAAGAUAGAUUUUGAACGCUGGCUUACCGAAGACGAUUUGUUAGAGGAUGAAAAACCUAGAGAUGUUAUAGAAGAUUAUUCCAAAGAAUAUGAUCGUUUACAAAAAGAAGAAAUUGGUUAUAUUAAGGAAAGCUCCAAAAAAGUUUAUAUGGUUUUCUAUAAUUUGGCCCAGUUUAUUGGUUUCCUGUAUAUAUUAAGCGUUAUGGGUGUUUUGUAUUAUCGUGAUGGUGUCAAUUCUAUUACGAAAACUUAUGCCGCUGUAGGCAAUGCCAUGAAGUUUAUACAACUUAUGCAAUAUCUGGAAGUAUUGCAUCCCAUUUUCGGCUAUACCAAAGGCAGUCCGCUAGUGCCUUUUAUGCAAGUGACAGGGCGCAAUUUUGUAUUGUUUUUCAUGAUAGAAUUUGAGGAACGCAUGCAAACCAAGCCGGCAGUGUUCUAUGUAUUUCUUAUAUGGUCUCUAGUGGAAGUUUUUAGAUAUCCCUACUAUAUUAGUCAAAUUUUGAAGCGAGAAUUUGGUUUAUUAACCUGGUUGCGUUACACCAUUUGGAUACCCCUGUACCCUAUGGGUAUUUUGUGUGAGGGCAUUAUUAUUUUACGCAAUAUUCCCUAUUUCGAGGAAACCAAACGUUUUAGUGUGGAAAUGCCCAACAGGUGGAACUUUUCCUUUGAUAUGCCGACAUUUUUGAAAAUCUAUUUAAUUUUACUUAUUCUACCGGGUUCAUUUUUCCUUAUGUCUCACAUGUCUAAGACUCGCGCCAAGAAAUUGAAUAAAAAACGUCGUGUCCGUAAAUAUAGUGAUUAGUUUGAGUUAAGUUUUUUUUAUUACUUAUCAUAAUACAUUUUCAAAUUUUAUUGUGUUGUGUAAAGUUAUUCGAAGUAAGAACAUUUUUGUCAUCUAAUUGUAAAAGACACAUAUUUUAUUGCAAUAAAACAAAUGAUUCCUAAAUCAAAUAAACCAAA